AUGGCCUCGCAAGUGCAAGUCUUCUCCCCCCGCGGCGCCCAGUCCAGCGCCUUCUUUAGCGUGAAGAAGCUGAAGGUGGAGCGGAGCUGCCGGUGGGACAUGACCGGCUACGUCGCGCGCGGCAAAGCCUACAGCCAGAGCAGCAAGAAAAACCCCCCGCCCGCCGCCUUCGCCGCCGCCGCCGCCGCCUCCGCCGCCGCCGCCGCCGGGCCGGGGCUCGCCGCCUCCCUCCCCUACGAGCAGGCGCUCCUCUUCCCCGCCGGCGGCGGAGGCAGCGCCGCCCCCGUCCCCGCCUCCUCCUCCUCCUCUUCCUCCUCCGCCUCCUCCUCCUCCUCGGGGCAGCCGCUGGCCGUCGGGGGGGCGGCGGUGCACAACCUGACCCGCCGGAGCACCGUCCGCCUGCUGGACACCUACCAGCGGUGCGGCCUCAAGCGUAAGAGCGAGGAGCUGGAGAACGACGGCGGCGACGGCGACGGCGGCAGCGUCCAGAUCGUGGACGAGCAGCCGGCCAUGAGCCGGAACGCCCCGCCCACCACCGCCGCCGCGGGCCCCGCCUCCACCACCACCACCGCCGCCCCGCCCCCCACCACCGCCGCCGCCGCGGGGUCCAAGAACGGCGGCUCCGGGGGCGAGGGCGACUACCAGCUGGUGCAGCACGAGGUGCUCUGCUCCAUGGCCAACGCCUACGAGGUGCUGGAGUUCCUGGGCCGCGGCACCUUCGGCCAGGUGGUCAAGUGCUGGAAGCGCGGCACCAGCGAGAUCGUGGCGGUGAAGAUCCUGAAGAACCACCCGUCGUACGCGCGCCAGGGCCAGAUCGAGGUGGGCAUCCUGGCGCGGCUGAGCGCCGAGAGCGCCGACGACCACAACUUCGUGCGCGCCUUCGAGUGCUUCCAGCACAAGGGCCACACGUGCCUGGUGUUCGAGAUGCUGGAGCAGAACCUCUACGACUUCCUCAAGCGGAGCAAGUUCAGCCCGCUGCCCCUGCGCUGCAUCCGGCCCGUCCUGCAGCAGGUGGCCGCCGCCCUGCUCAAGCUGAAGGGCCUGGGCCUCAUCCACGCCGACCUCAAGCCCGAGAACAUCAUGCUGGUGGACCCCGUCCGCCAGCCCUACCGCGUCAAGGUCAUCGACUUCGGCUCGGCCAGCCACGUCUCCAAGGCCGUGUGCUCCACCUACCUGCAGUCCCGCUACUACAGGUGAGCCCCCGCCCCCCCCGCCACCCCCCCCCCCCCUCGUCUUUGCAUCCCUGUGCUUUUCGGGCCGGCGUAGGAUAUGCCGGAGAGGUUCAUCUCCCCUUUCGUGUCCGCUUUGCUCACGUUUGCCUCUGUUGACCUUCAAAUGAUUUGGGGUGACCUUCAAAUGAUUCGGUGACCUUCAAAUGAUUCGGUGACCUUCAAGUGAUUCGGUGACCUUCAAGUGAUUCGGUGACCUUCAAGUGAUUUGGUGACCUUCAAGUGAUUUGGUGACCUUCAAGUGAUUCGGUGACCUUCAAGUGAUUCGGUGACCUUCAAGUGAUUCGGUGACCUUCAGGUGAUUCGGUUUUUCCCCAGGAGCCUUGAGAACUUUCUUUGAGAGUUACUCGCUCUUCAGGGGUUGUGAAAGUGUGUGGAUAUUAUUAUAUUGAGGACUUAAUCAGGCGUUGCUGAAAUGUUUAAGUAUUAAUGGACAUUGAGGUCUUGAAUGCGCCUGCGUUCGGGUAGGUUUGUGUGUUUUUCCGCGAAACCGCGUUUGUCGAAAAGGCGAUUGGCUGUUACGUGACGUCUGCGAGUCGCGCCUCGAACGCCCCCGCCGUGGGCCAGACGCCGUUACCGUAGGAACCCCCGAUUGGAGCGUCGUCCCCGGCGACGCCGGGAAAAGGCCGACGCGC